AUGUCUUCUAUACAAACAUGGACAGUCACCGAGCCAUACAUCAACCCGCAGUGUGGUCUCGGCGAAGCACCGUUUUAUGAGUCCUCCACCAACACACUCCGCUUUGUGGAUAUCAAAAAGAAGCGCUUCCACACUAUAGAUCUCAAUGUUGGCCCGUCAUCUCUUACCACCAUACAGCUAGAUAUUCCCAUCGGCGUUACUGCCGAUAUCGAGGGUGUAGAUUGCACUGAUAAGAUAUUGGUUGGUGGCAAAAGCGGGAUUUACGUGAUGAGGAGAAGUGACGGGGAGUUGAAGCUGCUGAAGAGAUUUUAUGAUAGUGAAGAAAAUGAUGAGAGGUUGAGAAGUAAUGAUGGGGCGGUGGAUCCAAAAGGGAGGUUCUGGAUUGGGACCAUGAAUGACUUUUGGGUGGGGGAGCCACAAAGUGAGGGUACAAUGUUCCGCUUCGAUAAUGAUCUCACACGCCACACAAUCCGCGAGGGUCUCACAAUUCCUAAUGGAAUAGGUUGGUCUGCUGAUCAAAAGACUCUUUACUUCACUCACACAACGGAAUCAACAAUCUGGGCGUAUGACUAUGACGCUGCGACUGGGGAUGUCAGCAACCAGCGAGCCUUUUGGAAACUUGAUACUGAUGGUGAGCCCGAUGGAUUCGUAUUUGAUUCGGAAGGGAAUAUAUGGCAAUGUAUAUACGGAGAAGGGCGCGUGUUAAGAAUCAACACGGAGGGCCAAGUCACCGGCGAGAUUAGGUUUCCGACGAAGUGUAUUACAUGUCCAGUAUUUGUAGGCACAGAGUUGUGGGUUACGAGUGCGAUUGCUGGAGGCGAUGAAUAUGCUGGAGCGUUGUUUAAGGUUGAUGUAGGAAUUGGCGGGAUAACAGACUUCAAGUUUAAGUUAGCGAAAGGAAGCGCUGAACUGUGA